GCGUCCAGCUCUGGUCCCCCCGGGGAGCAGGCGGCAGCCCUGCGUGUUAGUGGCCCAGUGGGGCGCCCACUGUGUGCGGGACACUGCUUUAAGACUCUUGUACGAAUGAACUCGUUCAACCUCACGACAGCCCCAGCUGGUACCGCUUCCCGCCGUGCCCAUUGUACAGACAAGGAGACUGAGGCCUGGGAGUGGCAGAGCGGAGGUUCGAAUCCCAAAGGCAUGCUUCUCCCUGUUUCUCUCUCUCUUCCUGGAGGUGACUCAGGCCAGGUGGGCAGCUGGGGGACAGGGGAGUCCGUCGCUGUGAGGCGAGGCAGCCACACUUUGCUCCCAGGCCUUGGGAAUGUGGACCCAGCUCGGCCCAAUUGUUGAUUUUCCAAGCGAAUCCGGAACACCAGAGUUCUGCACAAAAUGCCCUUUGCUCACUGUCGGCAACCAAUUCAAACAUAAUUUGAUUCUUAGAUUGCUGCCAGCACAGUUGCCCAGGAGUCUCUGAGUUUUUUUUUUUUUUUCCUUUUACCAUUUUAUUGACAUAGAACCUGUGGACAAAAUUUCUGUCUACAGAAAAGUGUUCAACACCUCCCCGCUGAACUUGGCGAAUGUUUUCAGCGUGAACACAGCGUCAAGCCCAACCCUGCUCCUGCCCCGUCCCAGGCACUGCCCCGCUCCACGAGGGCACGUGCCAACAUGUGUUGGUUUUUUUUCUUUGCCAGUUGUACACACAGCUGUUUCCAGGAGUGAUCGGGGGUGGGAGGGACAGCUGAUUCAAGGAUCAUUGCUGUAGAGACCAUAUUUCAAGUAGUUGUCUUGAUCAUCUCAAAAAGUUUUGGCUGACUUGUGGUCCCACCUGAAUAUAAGAUCGUUUUCAUUUUUCUCCCGCUAUGCGCUGAGCUCACUUCAGAGACGGAAGCUGGGCACUGUGCCUUUUCCCCGUGGCUCGUGUAUGCCUGCAUUAUGGAAAAAACAUCUUUCAUCCUCUACCUCUCUGUAGGAACACUCCGGACAUACGCCUGUUUCAUGAGGGUCUGCCCUGGCCGCCGGCGCGGUGGAACCGGUGCGAUGAAUGGGUAGGGGACGCGGGGCGUGCGGAAGGCGGCAGCGCGGAACAUGCCUCCGCCAGCCCGGGCUUCUGCCGGCCAGCCGCGCUCAUGGCCCGCGCGGGCCCGUCCCUGCCCGGCGUGCUCGACGUCCUGGGCGCCGCAGGCCAGGACAAGCUCUUGCGCCUCAAGCACAAACUGAAGCCCCUGCGCGCGGGCUGCCAGGGGGCCGGCCUCCUCCACGCCAUGGUGCUGCUGACGCUGGGCCAGGACACGGAGGCCAGGAUCGCUCUGGAGGCGCUCAGGGCGGACGCGGUGGCGCGGGAGGUGGCGCGCCAGUGGGCCGGCGGCGUGGACGGCGUGGACGGCACUGAGGCCGCCGAGCAGCCCCCCGACCAGGCCUGGGCGGUCGCCCGCCUGUACCACCUGCUGGCCGAGGAGAGGCUGUGCCCGGCCUCGCUGCGCGACGCGGCCUACCAGGCGGCCCUGCGCGACCUGGGCGCCAGCGAGGACCGCCGGCUGGCGGAGCUCCGGGUUGAGGCCCGCGACCGGUGCGGCUGGGACGUCGUCGCGGACCCGGGGGGCUUCCAGAGCCUCCACUCCGACCGGGGCCGCCUUCCAGAGUCCUCAGCUCCGCCCUCUGCCACCCGCAGCCUGCCUCGCCCCAUCGACGACCCGUCGGGCUGGAGCCGGGGCCGCUCCCUGCGGUCCACCAGCCCGGCCUCGCUGGCCAGCCACCUGGAGAUCAGCCAGUCGCCCACCGCGCCCUUCCUCAGCGCGCACCGCAGCCCCUGCGGGCCCAGCAAGCUCUGCGACGGCGCCCGCGCCCGCCCGGAGCCCGAGCCUGGCCCCAGCGGCGGCCGGGAGCCCGAGGAGAUGAGCUGGCCCCCGUCGGGGGCGGCCGCCGCUCCCCGGCAGCUGCCGCGCUCCCCGGAGCGCCCUGCGGCGGCCCCAGCCCCGGCCGCAGCCCCUGCCGGCCGCCCCGGCACCCCCGACGCCGCGGAAGCGCGCGCCCGCUGCCCCGUGGAGUGCACCGAGGGGGCGCCCGCGCCUCUCCCCGCGCCCCUCCCGGAGCCCGUGGGGAACCCCUGCCCUGGGGCAGACCAGACGCCGCUCCAGCUCUCCCGAGGAGACGCCACGUGCCCAGAUACCGAGCCAUGCCCAGCUGCUCCCUCUGUGCCCCAAACGCCCGGUCCCCAAACGCCGCCUUCUGCUCCUCCUCCGCCGUCCCCUGGCUCGGCCUACGUGGCCUCCGCGUCCCCUGGCUCGGCCUACGUGGCCUCCGCGUCCCCUGGCUCGGCCUACGUGGCCUCCACGUCCCCUGGCUCGGCCUACGUGGCCUCCGCGUCCCCUGGCUCGGCCUACGUGGCCUCCGCGUCCCCAUGGGCGUCCUCCCCCGAGCUGCCACUGGAGCAGAAGUUCUACAACUUUGUGGUCCUCCACGCCAAGGCGGACGAGCGCGUGGCCCUGCGGGUCCGGGAGAAGCUGGAGGCCCUCGGCGUGUCCGACGGGGCCACCUUCUGCGAGGACUUUCAGGUGCCCGGGCGCGGGGAGCUGCGCUGCCUGCAGGACGCCAUAGACCACUCGGCCUUCGUCGUCCUGCUGCUCACCGCCAGCUUCGACUGCCGCCUGAGCCUGCACCAGGUGUGCCACGCCCUGAUGAGCAGCUUCACGAGACACGGGUGGCAGGACUGCGUGGUCCCCUUCCUGCCGCUGGAGAGCUCCCCGGCCCAGCUGCGCUCCGACACGGCCAGCCUGCUCGCCGGCCUGGUGUGGCUGGAGGAGCACUCCCCGGUCUUCGCCAGGAAGGUGGCCAACACCUUCAAGCCCCAGAAGCUUCGGCGCCGCAGGGACAACUGGAGGAGGGAGCAGGACGCCCGGGCCCUGCGCGCGCGGAGCCAACACCUGGAGGGCGAGCGGGCGCAGGCGGCGGCCCUGGGCGCCGCGCACUCCAGCUACGUGCAGAGCUGCCUGGCCUGGCAGGCGCAGAUGGAGCAGCUCCAGGGGGCUUUCCGGAGCCACAUGUCGCUCGGGACUGGGAUGCCCUUUGCGGCUGCGGGACCCUUCGUGGGGGGCCAGGGACCCCAGGGAGCCCCGCCGCCCUUCCCCAGCUGGCUGGGCUGCCCGCAGCCACCGCCCCUGCUGCCCCCGUGGCAGGCGGGCGCCCCGCCAGCGGCCUUCCCGCCGCCGCCCGCACCGACCUUCCCCCCCGCGUCCCCGGCGCCCCCUGCGAGCCCGGGCCUGCAGCCGCUCAUCAUCCACCACGCUCAGAUGGUGCAGCUGGGGCUCAACAACCACAUGUGGGGCCGGCGAGGGGCGCAGGCGCCCGAGGACGAGACGCAGGAGGCCGAGUGACCCGCGUCCGGGUCACGGGGACACCUGGGGACCCCGGCCUGCCCUGCCCGGGACGGCGGGAGGCCGGCCCUGCGCUCGGGACCCUGCCGGCCGCUCGUCUCUCAGGACACGGCAGAGCUGGCUUUGAGGACCUCCUGGCCUUCGGGUGGCCGGAAGGGGACACUGUUUACGUUCUCUGCCCAUCUCUGGGUGGGGGGUUCUCGGCGCUGGGCGCGUUCGCAGGGUCCCUCAAUCGUAAUAAAUAUUUAUUGAACGCCGCCGCAGCGGCCUGCUCUCGGGGCGA